AUGACAGCGGUAGAGAGCACGUUUUCCUGGGAAGUAGAAGUUGAAAGUGUUAAUGUGGUGCUUAAAAUUAAUCAGUGUGAAGUUGGAGAUGUCGGUUGCGUUGUUUGGGAUGCAGGAUUAGUACUAGCAAAAUAUUUAGACUAUUUAAACAUGACAAGUAACAAUGAAUAUCCAUUACUUCGGAGGAAGAAUGUAAUAGAUAUAGGAUCCGGAACUGGUUUAGUUGGACUUGUUGCCGCAUGUAUCGGUGGAAAUGUUACUUUGACUGACCUUCCGGAAUUACUGCCUCUUCUGGAGAUUAACAUUGACGAAAACAAACAAAUCAUUUUUUGGGAUCUGUCAAAGCUGAU